AUGGAAGCAGAUACAAUAUUGGAAGGAUUUUUGAAUAGUAUUAAUAUGCAUGGUUUGAAAUAUAACAAACUGAUAGGUGACGGUGAUAGUUCCGUAACUAAGCGUUUAAAUGAGGUAUUGCCGUAUGGAAAUGAUUUUAGAGUUAAGAAAAUUGAAUGUAAAAAUCACCUACUCAGAAAUUACACUACAAAGUUAUCAGCAAUUGCAAAACAGACGGACUAUCCUAUUUCAAUUAGGAAGCAUAUUUUAACAAAUAUUGUUAGAUUCCGCUCAGAUAUAACAAAGGCAACUAAACAUUACAUCAACUCUGAUAUACCAUUUCAAACAAAGAUUGCAGAACUCCGAAAAGAUAUUUCAAAUAGUCCGUACCAUAGAUUAGGACAGCACAAUAACUGUGCUGUUUAUUUUUGUUCGGGGACAAAAUCUGGCGAAAUAAAUCUUAUUCCAUUGGCAGAACAAUCUAAAAUGAUGACAAGUAUAAAUAAUGUUGUAUACAGAUUACUCACACACGCUGAUAGUUUAAUUGAAAAUGUCGACAAUAAUCCAUGUGAACAAUUGAAUAGUAUAAUUAACAAACAUGUUGGUGGAAAACGUAUUAAUUAUACACAAAAAAAUAAUUAUAAAACCCGAGUGGAAGCUGCAAUUUUAUCGUAUAAUUCAAAAAAUUAUUUGAGAACUCUACAUAAAAAAAUGACAACCGCUAGUCCUGGUAAAACUGCUAAACGAUACAUGUCCAAUAUUGAAAGAAUACGGAAAAACACUGUUAUGAGAAGAAGAAAACUUUUUUGUGAAGGUGGAAAACGGAAAAAACCAAUGAUUAAGUAUAGUGGUCCAGACGCAGAUUAUGGGCUCGCUGAACCAUUAGAUGGAUUAAUUAGUGACAACGAUUUAAAGAAGAAAAAAAAAAAUUUUUUAAAACAAUUAAACGAAGUCAAUAGAGAAGACUUAGAAUAUGUAACUAGAGAACAAAGUCUAAGUAAUGAUUGGCACAAUGAAAGAAAAAAAAGGCUUACAGCAUCAAAUUUUGGUGAGAUAUGCAAGAUGAGAAAAAAUACCAGUUGUCGAAAAAAAGUAUACAGCUUAUUGUACAGACCAAACACAACGUGUAAACAAACAACUUAUGGCAUUCAAAUGGAACCUUUAGCACGAGCUCACUUUGAAACUCUUUAUAAUGUGCAUGUGCAAAUAUGUGGACUAUUUUGUGACAAGGAAUUCUCUUAUUUAGCAGCAACUCCUGAUGGAUUGAUCGGUGAAAAUUCUAUAUUAGAAAUUAAAUGUCCAUUUGCAGCGAAAGACAGUUUAAAUGCAGUUGAAGCGGUAGAAAUGAAAAUGUUACAGUACUGCAGUAUAGAAAACGGAGAACUAACACUUAAAAAAGACCACAAGUAUUAUUAUCAAAUUAUAGGUCAAUUACGAAUAACAAAUCGGAAGUUUUGUUAUUUUGUGAUAUACACUCCGAAUUGGACAAACACCCAAAAAAUUGAGUAUGAUGACGUAUUUUGGAGAACUAAGAUGGUCGACAAAUUAAAACUAUUUUAUUUAGAAUGUUUACUGCCAGAAAUUGUCGAUCCACUGUAUGGAAAACGAUUUUUGACAAGUGAUAUUAGAGAUCCUGACCACAUUAAACACCAAAUAAACAAAAAAUAA